AUGGCCGCCGCCUCCCGACACGUUCCCCGCUCCAGCGGUGCAGCCCGAGGCUGGGCGGCGGCAGGGGCCGAGAAGAGCCGUUCGCAGGGGCGGGCAGGGCCGGGGCUGCCGCCGCUUACUUGCAGGAGGUGGCGGCGGAGGAGAGCGGCCCGGGGCGUGCGUGCGCGAUGGCGGCUGGCGGCGAGAGGGAGGGGCCGCGCCGGGGCCACGCCUUCUUCCCGCCGCCCCGCAACAACGCGGGCUGCCAUUGGGCUGCGCCGGCCGGGCACUGACCAAUGGGCAGCGGAGCAUGCGCAGAAGCGCGCUGGGGACAGCUCUCCCCCGGUUCCCGCGGGCCGAGCUCCCAUCCGAGCCCAUGUGAGCGGCACCGGGACGGGACGGGACGAGGUGCCCAGGCCGCGGCGGCGGGAGGCGAAGCUGGCUCCGCGCCGUUGCGGUGCCGUUGCGGUGCCGCUCCGGUGCCACGGCCUCGCCUCGCCGCGCCAGCUCGCCCCGGGCCGCUGCCCCUCGUCCCGCCGCAUCCGGCACCUCCUCCGCUGCGUCCCGCCCGGCGCCUCCCGGAAGCGCCGGGGCCGAGAACCAUCAUUCCUCCUCCUCCUCAUCCCAGCCGCCUCAUGGUGCCGCCUGUGCCUGUCUGCCUGGCAAGUCAGAGCAUGUCCAGACCCCGUGGGUGAGACGCAGAAGAUGGCAGAGCUGCUGGGGCUGGGGGACGAGCGUGGGGAGGAGGCUGUGGGGGCUGCAGGGCUUGCUGAGCGCUGCCUGGCAGACAACAGGCUGAACCUGGACGUGUACCCGGACGGCUGCCGCCGCUUCCUCCGCCUGCUCGAAGGGCGGCGGCCAGAGGUGGUGCAGGUGGAGUUCCUCCGGCUCAGCAGCAACGAUCCCCUCCUUGGCACCACGCUGGGCAUCCUUCCUCAGCUGGAGUGCCUCAGGUCCCUGGUGCUGAAAGGUGGCCAUGCCAGGGAUGAGUUUGGUUCGUGCCAGCUUGGCUCUCUGACAAGCUUGCCACCAGAUAUUGGGAACCUGAAGUGUCUCACCCACCUGGAUCUCAGCUUCAACAGCCUCUCUGCCUUGCCCAGCUGCAUCCUGCACCUCCCCAGGCUCCGUGUGCUCCUGGUGAGCCACAACAGCCUGGUGGCACUCCCAGAGGACUUUGGCUUUCUGAGCAAGCUAACUUUCUUCUCUGCUAUGAAAAAUCAGCUGAAGGACUUACCUCAGAGCAUUGGGGAGCUGGUAGAGCUGCAGGACCUGGAUCUCUCUGAAAAUGCUUUGGAAUUCCUGCCUGAAGAAGUUGGGAAUCUGCACAAGUGCACAGAACUGGAUCUCUCUGGGAAUCGCUUAUCGAGCGUCCCAGACUGCUUAGGCAAUCUGAAGGCUCUGCGGCGGCUGCAUCUCCACAGCAACCUGCUGCUGACUGUCCCUGCCUCUCUCGCCAGCCUGCCCAACUUGUCCAGGCUUGAUCUGCAGAACAACUGUCUCCGGGCCGUCCCCCCCGCGAUCCAGAGCUCGCCCUUCGUGCACCUCCGAGGCAAUCCCUUAGGAGAGCUAGCUCCACCCGCUGAUGAAUCCAGCACCAGAAGGCUGCAGAGACUCAUCCUUGCAUCAGGAGAGGACAGCUUUACAGUCACCUCUGAAGGCUGCAGAGUGGCCCUGGCCAGUGGCAUCCAUUUCUACUUCCCACCUGGGGCUGCAACUGAGCCUCUGCAGAUCUACUUCCAAACCCUGGCACCAGACCCUCAGUGGGUAAAGCUGAGACAUCAUGAUGUCCUGCUGAGUGGAGUCCUGGAGCUGCAGCCUCAUGGGGUCAGAUUCCAGCAGGAGGUGCACAUCUGGAUGCCCUGUGCCACCCCUCAAAGCCUUCCCCAGCGUGAGGUGGUGGUUCGGACCUUCAGUGGGCAGAGCUGGAGCGACCUGAGGACAAGAGUGGAGCAGAAGAGGAAGUCAAAGAAGCAUGUGGCUCACUGCAGUGUCCUUCACUUCUCCUGGUUCCUGGUGGUGUCUCGACUGGUGCAAAACGAAUGCAAAGUGCCAGCAGAGGGAACGUUGCUCUUCUCCAGCGUGGAUCCCAGCAUCAAAGUGACCUUUCCUCCUGGAGUCACUAAAGAGACUCGCAGUGUCAAGCUGCAGGUGCUGCCUGUCUCUUCAGAAGAGCUGGAGGACAUCACAGCUGAGCAUGGAUGCAGAGCCAGUCCCCUGCUCUGCCUCUCCCAGGACUCCCUGCUGGAUUUCCUCAGGCCAGUGAGGAUUCAGCUGCCCCUUCCACCCGGAGUCACAGGGCUCAAUCUGGAUCGGUCAAGGCUGCACCUUCUCCACAGUGACCUGGAAGGGCAGAGCUGGGAUGACAUCACCAGUGAGGUGGUGCUGGAAUUCAGCCAUCUUUAUGCAGUGUUUGAAGUCACUCACUUCUCCUGGUACUGGCUGUGGUACACCACCAAGACCUACAUUGGAGGCAUUGCCAGGAAGGUCUACGAGCGGCUGCGGAUGUACCGAGUGAACUUCAUUGCCCUGCAGAGGAAGAAGGACCCCGAGCAAGUGCUGCUGCAGUGUGUGCCCAACCACAAGGUUGAGCCAGUGCUGAAGAAGCUGCAGGAGCGCUACAGAGGCCCUGAGCCCUCGGACAUGGUGGAGAUGUUUGAGGGAGAGCAGUUCUUUGCGGCCUUCGAGAGAGGCAUCAGCAUCGACGCGGAGCGCCCUGACUGCGUUGCUGGCCGCCUCGCCUUCGUCUUCUACUCCCACCUGAAGAACAUGAAGGAGAUCUACAUCACCUCACCUAUGGACAGGAAGGGCCAAGCUGUCAAAGGCCAGGUCUCUUUCUACCGAGGGGAAGUUCCCAAGAGCAUCCCUGAAGAUGCUAGCAGGAGGAGGAGAGGAGCAGACUCCCUCUGGCUCGCCACUCUGCCCAUCAAGCUGCCUCAACUGAAACCCUGCUGGGCUGACAGCUCUGCUGCCCUGAACGGCUCCUCCUUCCCUCCCCUGAACCUGGGCAAUGCUGAGACUGGCUACCUGACACAGGCCAACCUGCUGGGCAUCGCCAGGCGCCUGGGCCCCGACUGGCAGAGCGUUGGCCUCAACCUGGGCCUCACCUACCAGCAGAUUGAGCGCAUAGGCUACAACAACAGAGACGACCUGGAUAAGCAGAUCCUGGAGAUGCUUUUCUGCUGGGCUCAGCAGAACUCGAGGGACGCUGCCUGCGUGGGCAGGUUGGUGGCAGCCCUGAAGGAGAGCGGGCGGCAGGACAUCGCCGAGGAGGUGGAAGCCAUCCUGGAGCUGGGCAGGCACAAGUACAGGGAGUCCAUCCGCAGGGUGGGCCUGCAGCAGGGCAGCAGCACAGAGGACUCUGCCAUAGCUACCAUGUAGCACCUGGUAGAAGGAGCUGGCUGCUCUCUGGGGUCACUCAGACCCACAGCAAUGUCUUGGGGCUCGCUUCAAGGGCCAGGAGUUUCCUGAGGAGCUGGCUCUGAGCAGUGUGUGGAGCUCUCUUGGGUCUCUCAGUUGCCAGCUCUGCCAAGGCCAAGCAGCUCUGAGUGUAUUUUCAUAGAAUCAUAGCAUGGGUUAGGUUGGAAGGGACCUCAAGGAUCAGGCAGUUCUAAGCCCCUGCCAUAGGCAGGGACACCUCCCACUACAACAGAUUGCUCAAGGC